GAUGAACAGAGCAGUACAAUUCGUAAUAAAAAUAUGAUUAAAUCGAGUAAUGAAAAACAUUUGAGUAAAAGUCCAAAGUCAAGAUUGCAAAAGGAUAUAAAAGAAUCAAAUAAAUCUAACAAUGACUAUAUUAUGCAUUCUAACGAUGUUGAUGUAGAUAAUGAAAAGUCGAAUAUAUCGUCGUCUAAAAAUUUAACAAAAAAUAAAAACAGUAAAGAUACCGAUAAAAGUAAUUCAACUAAUAAUGUAGCACAUGAAAUUAAAUGCAAUACUUCAAAAAGUUGUGCAUCUAGUGACACUGAUGAAGAAAAGUUCAAAUUUGAUGAUAUAUUAAAUUAUUCUAGUAGUGACGAUGAAAUAGGCAAUACUGGCAAAUUAAAAAAGCCUAUAAAUUACAAUUCUCAACCCAAUGAAGAUGAUCGAGAAAUAGAUGUCGAUAUUAUGUCUCAGGAAGCAUUCAAACGUUUAAAAGGAUUUAAAAGACUUGAUUUGUUUAAAUCCAGCGAGGAAGAGUCCGAUAAAGAAGAGGUCAUAAAAUGUAAAAAACUGACAAUUGCUAAGUGUAAAAAGUUACAGAAGACAAAUUUAAAGUCCUUGGAUGAUAAUAGCCAAGAUGACGAAGUACAAGAGAUAAAUAUUAAUUCUCCAGAGUUAGCUCCAAGUGUAAAUCGGUCUUCAAAUUCAAAUCUGUCAGAAACACCUGAUUUUUAUGAGAAGAAUGAAGAAAAAUCGAUGAAAUCGACGAAACAAAUUAAUAAUACAAAUAAUGAAGAAAGCGUCGAUGAGAAUAGUGAUGAGGCAAUAGCAAUUUCAACGAUGCAAAAACUCUCUCAAUUGAAAAAAAUUAAUUUUUACAAUCAUUGUGAAAGCUCGAGCGAAGAUGACUCACAUAUUUCAUUAAGCGAAGUUCCAAUUGACAAUACAGUACAGAAAAAUGCAAUAUCACAAAAAGAAAUUGAUUCGAAGAUAGAAAAAUCUAAUGAUUUAGAAAAUAAUAUAGUAAAUUCAUAUCAUUUAUCUAAUAUCAAUAAGUCUUUCACAGAUAAGUCACCAAUUGCAGAAGUAUCGACACAAAAUAAUAAAGCUACAAAAUCAAUUGACAAUAAAUUGUGUGCAAUGAAAGAUAUUAAAGAUGAUAAAAGCACUAAUAUAAAAGUUGGAAACAGUAUUGAAGAAAUUAAACAAUACGACAAAGAUGAUAGAAAUAAAAUUAUUAUCGCUGAAACGCAAGAAAGUUUAGAUGCGCCUCGAGUAAUUUUAGAAUCUCAAGAAAUAUUUUCGUCUUUGGAAAAUUUAAAUGAAGAUCUAAAUCCAAAUCGAUUAGAUGAAAGUAAAGAAACAAUAUUUGAUGUCAAUGAUUCUCCAACUCUGCUAGUAAAGAAAGUUAACGACACUGAAAAAAUAAAAGAAAUUUCAGAUAUAGUUGAAAAGGAUAAUUUAAUAGAAAAUGUUUGCGAAUGGACACUGGCUUUCGAAGAUCUUUCCGUGGAUGAAGAAAUAUUUAUUCUUGAUGUUCCGAAAACCGCUUUUGAUAAAAAUUUAGUUGGUGAAAAAUUAUCAUUUUCAAAAGGAAUAUUACAAUUGGGUAAUGAUAGAUACAGAGCAUUCCAAAGGAGAAUAUUACCAACAUUUCCAUGUAUAUUGAAAUCUAAAGAAAAAGAUUUGAAAAAUUCAUUAAAAAUAUUAAAUAUUAGACCAGCUACUGCAAUUGUUACAAGAAAGAAAAACUCUAUUAUUCAAACGGCUGAUUCGGCGAAAGAGAAAAAGGAUAAGGAGUUCGAAAUAUCAGGAGCAAAUGAAAAUAAAUCUACGGCUGAUGCGAAUAUUAAUGAAGCUAAAAAGACUAAAGUAACGGAUUUAAGAGAAUUAGCAACAUCCAAUGAAGAGAGUGCAUCGGCUUCAUUAAAAAUAAAAAAUUUGAAUGAUAUUUCUAAGAGCGAUGAAUUAACGGAGAAAAAUUCAAAGAGAAAGUUAUCGACGGAUGUUGAUAAUGGAGAAAAUAAUGAUAAAGGCUCGGAUAGCGAAUCUAUGAGCGAUAUCGAUGACGAAGACGGUUUUCGAUAUAAAAAGUUUAAGCGUUCUUUUGAAAUGCGAAAGAGCACGGAUUUAAAUGAUAUUCCUAAGAAAAUAAUAAUUAAAAGCCAUAAAAAAUCCAAUGACAAGAAAUCUAAAAUAAAAAAUGAAAAAACCAAGAUGACGAAGAUGAAGUGGAAGGAUGACGAUUGUGUUGAUAAGGAUAAAGAUAUUAUUUCGGACGAAUCUGAUAAAAUAUUUUCACCCGAAAAUGUAUCAAAAGCAAUAGGAACGCCAAUUAGCAGUGAAAGGGAAUCUGCUGCCAAUAGAAAUACGAAGAGCGAAUCAGAAAAUUCGAAUUUUAAUAUUACAAUAGAUAAUACGGAGGAAAUGGCGAUCGAGCAGAUAAUAAAUAUCGUUAGAAAUAAUAUUAAAUUCGAGGACAGUUCUUCUAGUUGUAGUAGCGAUGAUUUCAAUUACAGACCAGUCGACAUCAAACGUCGCUCGGCUCAAAAGCAUAAGCGUCAUUUGUCUAGCAGUAGUGAGGAGAGCGGCAAGAAUUAUUUCAACAGGUCCUUUCAAAUUUUGGACAGAAGCAAGCCGCAGUCGAAGAAAAAGUUCGAUCCAUCAUUAUCCUUUCAAAAAUCUCAAAGCGGUACAUUUGUCGUAAAAAAUCUCGAACACGUAAACCGAAAGAUUUACUUCGACGAGUGA